ACGAAAAAAAAGGACUUUACCCUGGCUCUUAUGUGGAGAAAUAAAAAAGCCUCGCACCCAUUGCAAGUCUGACAACUUUCAUCCUCAACCGGGAUCCUGUCUUGGAUAGAACAUAUCAUGUAAAGGCAGUUUUCCUCUGCGUUUUCCGACUUGGAUUAAGUUCUGCAUGGAAACAAAUGAUAUUUGAACCCACAGAGAGGAGCGGAGAGAGGGGAGGUGGGUGUCGGGUACAAGCCUGUGUGUUUUUUCUCUUGUUCUUUUAUGCAUGGAUGUCGGAUCCAGUUUGAUUGUGACAAAAGUGGGGAAAAGAUCAUUGUUUUUGUCGCUGCUGCUGCGUGAAAUAAAUCUCAUUCAAGUUUCAGAGAGAUUUUAAAGGUUUAAUCCGGGGAUAAAAGCAAGUAUUUGAGGUAACUUUGCAGUGGAAAGCAGACAGAACCAAAGAAAAGACACUAAAUAAGAUUAGUAACAGUGAAGUCAUGGCGUUGAAGGCCAGGGUGUUGUACGACUUCAGCUCUGAGAAUCCAGGAGAGAUCUCCAUAACAGAGAAUGAGCUGGUGACUCUGUUCAGUGAGGAGGAGCUGGAGGGUUGGUUGGAGGGGGAGAACAGCAAGGGGGAGGCUGGCCUCUUCCCUGCAUCCUAUGUGGAGAUCAUCAAGGACCAAAUCACCUCCAACACCAACAACAAUGGUUUCUCCUCGCCUAAAACCAAAAUGAGCCCCACCCACACCUCAUACGCGCCCCCCGAAUCACAGCCCCAGAGAGGGCUCGGGGCAGGUAGCGUUGGCAGUGGAGGAGGCAGCUUCCACACCAGCCAAGGCAGUGAUGACGAUUGGGAUGAUGACUGGGAUGACAGCUCCCCGGCGACCAAUGCGCCCCCAGGUCUGGGCACCACACCCCCCUUGUACCCAGUGACCACAUCCUUGCCUGGGCGGCGUGGCAGCGCCCCACCACAUCAGCAGCAGGCCAAGAGCUCAGCCACGGUGGGGAGGAACCUCAACAGGUUCUCCACCUUUGUCAAGUCCGGAGGGGAAGCCUUCCUGCUCGGGGAGGCCUCUGCCUUUGUGAAGGAUGGGGACAGGAUCUGCGUGGUGAUGGGGAAGCACGGGCCCGAGUGGCAGGAAGACCCGUACCCGUUCACGUGUACCAUUGAUGACCCCACCAAGCAGACCAAGUUCAAAGGCAUGAAGAGCUACAUGUCCUAUGGCCUGACCCCAACGCACACCAAUGUACAAGUCAACCGCAGAUACAAACACUUCGACUGGCUCUACGCCCGGCUCGUGGAGCGUUUCCCUGUCAUCUCUGUGCCACAUCUUCCUGAGAAGCAGGCCACCGGCCGCUUUGAGGAGGACUUCAUCUCCAAGCGGAGGAAGGGCCUGAUCUGGUGGAUGAACCAUAUGACCAGCCACCCUGUACUGGCACGGUGUGAUGUUUUCCAGCAUUUCCUUACAUGCGGGGCUGAUGAGAAGGCCUGGAAACAGGGCAAGAGGAAAGCAGAGAGGGAUGAACUGGUUGGAGGCAAUUUCUUCCUCACUAUCAGCACGCCGGAUGUCCCACUCGACCUUCAGGAAGUUGAGAGCAAGAUCGAAGGUUUCAAGAGCUUCACCAAGAGGAUGGACGAGAACAGCGUAGUCGUGAACGCCACCAUCAACGAGUUCGCCCGCAAACAGAUUACAGGAUUCAAAAAGGAGUACCAGAAAGUCGGACAGUCCUUCAAACUCCUGGCACAGGCGUUUGAGCUGGACCAGCAGGCCUAUUCAGCAGGUCUUAACAAGGCCAUCGCCUACACCGGUGAGGCCUACGAGGUGAUAGGAGACUACUUUGCUGAGCAGCCACGCCAGGAUCUGGAUCCUAUUUCUGAUCUGCUGGACCUAUACAGAGGACACCUGGCCAAUUUUCCUGACAUCAUCCAUGUACAGAAAGGUGCGCUGACCAAGGUGAAAGACUGUCCAAAGCAGGAGGGUGGGCUCCACGACCGCUGCAACAUCAUCUCCUGCGCCACACUGGCAGAGAUCCAACACUUCCACCGCACACGUGUACGAGACUUCCGCUCGCAGAUGCAGCACCAUCUCCGCCAGCAGAUUGGUUUCUUCCAGAAGAUCACCUCCAAGCUGGAGGACGCGCUCCAGAGGUACGACGAUGACCAGUAGGAAGGAAGGGAGAGAAGUUGAGACUACAACGGCUUUGAGGAAAUGGGGAGAAGCCUGGAAAAAAAGGAAUGGACAGGAUGAUUGAUUGGUUCAACCUUCAGUAAUGGAGAACAUAUUAUCAUCCUUAAGAGAGAAAAACCUUGAGACUUGUGAUGUGAUGUAUCCUGGGCUCGGUACAAGUGUUAGAAGAAAUAUGCCACUCUAUAAAAAGAAAAAAAAUAUAUAGGCCACUAGACUGUGGAAUGACAACUUCUUGGAUUAUGUGGACAGCUCUGAUGAAUGUACCAGUAACAUGGAUUUCCUGACACUCCAGGCACAUCUUGUAACUCUGCAGGACUGCGACAGAUAUUGAAAACAGCUGCUCUCAGUAUGACAGGGCUGCCUAUCUGUUCCCGGUUUCAGGGUCACGUGACAUAUCCAUGCCUCCGCUGCCUCACUUCUUCAAUCAGGAACACUUUUCUCCUGACAGAAAUGUAUGAUGAAACUCCCCAAAUCACUUAAACUGGAUCUUUUCAUGAUUGAAAGACUGGAUGAAAUCAAUUGAAUGAUUUUUGUUUUCUCAGUUUGUAUUUGCUUUUACUUGAAUGACCUGCUCAGUAUUUUUUUGAUGGGAUGUAAAAGUAUGCAAGUGAUUGUGAAUAUGGAGGCAAAUUGGGCAUAAUAUACUCUGUGUGAUAUUCAUUACAGUUAACCAUCUCUCACACACAACUCAGACAUUGUCACAUCAUUAAAACCGUUAAUUUUUGGAUUGCAGUUUGUGCUGCCUGACCUUUUUUCGACCAUGUGGCUGCUUGUUUAAAAAAGCAGCUCCACAGUUCAUUUUUUUCUUUGGGAUGUUUUAUUGAAACCUGAGGUCAACAUCUGUCUUUCUGCUUUCCCUCAGAAAGCAGAGGUCAGAGGUCAGGCUGAGGGAACAGACACUUGGAUACAGUGGAAGAUUUUGAACCUACAUUUUCUUGUUUGAAGCCAUUGAGUGUAGACUUUUUUAUGUGAUGAUAAGAUAUUUCAAAUUCUUCUUGUUUUUUGUCAAAUCCUGAGGGGAAAUGAGAAUUAUUUUGUUUCCAGCCCAUUCAUCUCAAUGUAAUCAGGUCAGAUCAGUGGUGUAUGUAACUGUCAUCUAUAGUGAUGUUAUUUUAAUACUACCAUUUAAAGGGGCACCAAAGUUGGAAAUGUUUCAAUUCUACACAUAGUGGCUGUUAGGAUGGUUGCCCUACUGGUAAUGCAAACCAGCUACUUCAAAACAUUCCUGUUAAACCAACCAGUAACCAGAAUACGAUCACAGGCUAUUGCGAGUUCAAUUACGGUAUUUUGUCUCUGUUGAAGGAUACCACAGUUCUCAAUGGUUUGCAAGAUUUUCUGCAACCACUGGAUUAUGAAUACAUUUUCAAUAAAAGCUGAUAUUCUUGAGAAACUUCCGACAUACAGCAUCAUGUACUGAUUAAUGGGCCUCACUCAAAGCAAUUGCUGCAUUCGGUCAGUGGGAGUUAUAGGAUGAACACCCAGAGGAGGGUCAGGAUCUGGUAAAUAUAACCAAUAUGCUCCCAAAGAAAAGUAACUGACCAUAACUGAGAUAGUCAGCUGAAUGUGUUACAAUGGUUUACAGUAUUUUGUGCUGUCAAUUUUACUCUGGUGUUUCUGGUGAAUGUUGUAAUUUAAGGUGUGACUUCACAUUCCUUUCCUGGGAUUUCACUCUAUGUGGUUUAUAAUGGAGCAAACCGACAGUGUAGUUGUGGUUUUCAACAUAGUGCACUUGAGACGGUUUCUUAACACUUUUAAUGUAACACAAUGGGACAGCAUUUCAGUACCUAAAUGAAAGUAGAAUGUAUUUCAAUGAUGUAUCUCUACACAGGCUUUUAAUGCUGGCUGUCUUCUCUAAAUAUAACUUAAACUUUAACUUGAUCUGUUUUGUGUCUUUUGGUGAAUAUUAAUAUUUUGUAUUCAUAAUAUUCAGAUAUCUCGUUAUUGAGUUGUCACAUGUUAACACCAACAGCACUGUUUAUCAAGAUCAGGGAAAGCCCAUAUCCUGAAUAGGAAACACUCUAAUCUGCUGUCUUGGAUUUGAUGAUAUUAAACAAAAUAUAUAACACCAUCACCAACUACUGACAUUUCACUUUGGUUAACAGUAGCACAUUGUAUAGUACGCAUAAAAAGAACAAUGCAAAUACAGUGCAGUGUUAAAAUAAUAGUUUUUACCUCAAAACCUAAAAAAAAGUCAUGUUGGCAAUGAAAUGUCAAAUAUUCCCGUUGUAAUAAGAUUCUGACAACAAGAAAUGUGUGUAAAAGCUGAUGAAAUCCCAUAGAACAGCAUGACAUACACUUAUUUAUAUCAUAAUGUCAGACUGUCUCACUCUUUUCAAUUACGUUGGGGUUUUUUUUAAAGAAAAAAAUGAGCUGUAUUCUUUAUGUUUCCAGCUCCAUGUUUUUCUGAAGAAAAGCCUGUUAUUGCUUGUUUUUUUUCCUGCGGAUGCAGCAGCAGUCCUGUCCCUGAUAUCUGACACCACAGUUUAGCAGACUGCAGGUCAGGUUUCUACAGCCACAGGCCCUCCAUUAUUUAGACCUGCCUCUUUCUCCUCAACUCUUUGUUUUCAAUUGCUUC